AUGCAUUCGGAAACAAAUUCGUCACCGCAGCAGCGAAUAAUCACAUCCGACCAGUGGGUUUUCGAUCGCAGAGGUGCUCGAGAUGAUUCCAAGACACCCAAUGGAGGACGCACGAAACGCGCUACUUUGUCGAAACAAGAACGAGAUAUGCGGCGUAAGCAGCGCGAAAUUGAGACAGAGCAGUUGCAGCAAGAAUACGGCACGAUCCAAAGCGAGAACUCGCGUUUGAAAACGGUAAUAGCCAAGCUCAAACAAGAUAUUGAAGUUUACACACAACUGGUAGUAGAGUCGCCAAGGGGCCACAACAUGGGUGACCCAGCUGCAGGAAACGGGACUGGCGUACCUGGUGGCGGCGGCAGUGCUGUCAGCCGCGGCGAACUGCCGCCGAUGGAGACACUUUUGGUGAAUACGUCUAAACGACGCAAGCGCGGGCGAAAACCUCGGCAAUCUUUGCCCGAUGAAAGUACGGAACCAAUACUAAAUUCAGAUAUGGCCAAUGACGAUUCAGCGCUUAGCGUGCUGAGAAACACGCAUGCAGAUGUGAUGCUAGCCCCGGGUGCUCCAGACGUGGGACCCGAAGAGGUGGAUCUCAUGCAAAAGCUAAAAAAUGUGCUUGCGGAGAUGGAGUAA